GCUUCGGAAGACACGAAAGAAAAAUCACAUAAGCUGAGCGAAUUGGUUGCUGCAGGUGGCUCUUCUCCUUGAACUCGAUUGCUUUUGUAACCUCUCGAUAUACAUAACAAGCGAUGUCCACCACUCCAUCAGACGCCCCGACCCCAACUCCAGCUACCUCACAGCCGGCGCCUCCGGUUGACGGCAAUACCGUCGCGCCUGAUGUUGAGAAGCUCCACGUCUCUCCGGAGGGCGAGUCUACACCUACCCCUGCGCCUGCCUCUGAGUCCGCAUCCGCACCUCCAAAAGAAUCCCUAGUUCAAGAAGAGCCGGCCGCAACUCCUGCUCCCCAGCAGGAGAUAGAGACAAUUGACAGUCUGAACCUCCCCUCCUCCGCUGCCGAUGGCCUCAUCCAAAAACCCUUCGUCCGCCCCGUUAACACAGCAAAGCCACCUCCGCCCGCCAAAUUGACACCAGAACAACAAGCCAAGUAUGAGAGCGUGCUUAAAUCCGUUUCUGGAUGGACAACUGUCCCAACCACAGCCGCGAAGAAUGCCCCAACUGCACCGAUAACAGACGAUGAGCGCAUGUUCCUUACACGUGAAUGUCUCCUCCGUUACCUGCGCGCCACGAAAUGGAACGCCCCCGAAGCUGUGGCUCGGCUGCAGCGCACACUUACCUGGCGCCGGGAGUACGGCAUUGAGAAAUUGACAGCGGAUUAUAUCUCCAUUGAGAACGAGACAGGAAAACAGGUCCUGCUCGGAUAUGAUAUUCACGGCCGGCCGUGCCUGUAUUUGCUGCCGUCGAACCAGAAUACGGAGAAGAGCGAUCGCCAAGUGCAGCAUCUGGUAUUCAUGCUUGAGCGUGCGAUUGAACUUAUGCCGGCGGACCAGGAAACGCUCGCGUUAAUCGUGGAUUAUAGCCAGACCAAGUCCGGACAAAAUGCUAGCAUUGGACAGGCGAAGGAUACAGUGCACUUUUUGCAGAACCACUAUCCGGAGAGGUUGGGGCGGGCGCUGGUUAUUAACAUGCCAUUUAUCAUAAUGGGCUUCUUUAAAAUCAUCACCCCUUUCCUCGACCCCGUUACCCGCGAGAAACUCAAGUUCAACGAGAAUCUAACCAACCACGUCCCACCAUCCCAGCUCAUGAAGUCCGUGGGCGGUGACGUCGAGUUCAAGUACGACCACGCGGCAUAUUGGCCUGCUCUAAACAAACUUACCGAGCUAAAGCAGAAGGAGUACCGCGAGCGAUGGAUUAAGGGCGGAAAGCGGAUCGGCGAGUAUGAGCACUACCUUAAGACUGGUGCUAGUCCUAGCAUAUCUCAGCGGGAAGCCGAAGCGAACGGCAGCGCUGGUCCCGCGGCCGACAAGGCUUCGUGA